AUUUUAGUAGUGGACGGUGGUAUAUAGUGUAGGCAGAUAGACAAUUCAACUAACAAAGCAGAAACUAAUUUCAAAAACUUCACCAUCCUUCAUCUGCCUUUAUAUACCAAAUCCCAUUAGCUUAGCUACCUUCUCAAAUUUCAUACCAUUAAUUUCAACAUUUUGGAGUAAAUUGCAAAUAAUUUUAAUUUCAUGGCCAAAAUUAAGAGAAUUUGUACACUUUUGUUGAGGCUAAUUGCAUUCAGUAGUACAUUAGCAGCAGCAAUUGUUAUGGCUACCAGUCAUGAGUCGGGUUCUUUUUUCACUAUUUCUUAUGAAGCUAAGUAUACUGAUACACCAGCUUUCAAAUACUUUGUGGCUGUAAAUUCGAUCGUAAGCAUCUAUGGUUUCGUUAUUCUGUUUCUCCCUUCGGAAAAUAAGCUUUGGCAAUUAGUUGUGGCAACUGAUGUGGUAUUUACAAUGUUGGUGAGUUCAAGCAUAUCAGCAGCACUAGCCGUAGCUCAAGUUGGAAAAAAAGGCAAUUCGCAUGCAGGCUGGUUACCCAUCUGUGGUCAAGUUCCUAAAUAUUGUGACCAAAUUACAGGAUCAUUAGCUGCUGCUUUUAUUGCUCUCAUUACUUAUGCAAUUUUGCUUCUAUAUUCUAUUCACACUAUUCUUCAUCCUCUUCAACUUCAGAAAACUUAAAAACAAUUAAUAAGUUAUCAAGUUUUUAUUAGAAUUAUUUUUUAUUUACUUUUUUUUAUUGGAGAAGUGACUUGAGAAUGUAAUUUUUGUUUCUUUUUUAAUUAUAUAUAUUGAGUACAUAUUGUGGUUUUGA